UAUUCUUUUAUACGCUUUUUUUAUUAAACAGAAAUGAGGAAAAUACAUAAAAUAUUUAAGUUAAUAAUUUUUAUUUUCGGCUUUUCGCUUUUAAAGCUUUCGAGUGCAGAUAAGGAAAUUACUUUCAAAGACCUUAUAAGUUUUGAAUUUUAUCAAAAUGUUAAUUUUGAGCCAAAUGAAAUUUGUUCACAACAUUUAAAUGCUGUUAAAGAAGGAUUAAAUAAAAGGGAAGAGUGGGCUUUACAACUAAUUGAUUCAUGGGGUAAAAUACCUUCCGGUAUUAUGAAGGGUAAUUUUAUAAAUUUUGGAAAUUUCGAUCAAUGUUUGCAGGUUAUUAGCGAUGAAAAAAUUGAAAAUGAUUAUUUAAAAGGCAAAUAUUGCACUGCAGUUUUACCAUUAAAAAAUUUUAUUCCUGUAUCACAAUCUCUUAAUGAAAUAAAUUUAUUAAGAGAAGUACCAGUUAUGGUCUUAGGUAUAAAUAACAAAUUAAAACAAAAUGAAUCAGCUUCUAAAAAUAUUUCCGAAAUUGUUAAUAACAUAAAAUUACAAAUUGGAGUGUGUCUUCCAAAAGUAUGUGAACCUGAAUUUGUGGAUGGAGUGAUGAAAAAAUUUUUGAAAGAUACACUCGGUAUCGAUUUGAAUGAAACUGAGGUAGUUCUUGACUCUGCGAAUUGUGGAAAGCAUCCUGAUGAUAUUCAAUAUGAACAAAUUGAUUACAUUGCCAUAACAUUUUUCUCACUUAUCGCUGCUAUGAUGAUAUUUAGCUCAAUUUAUGAUCUAGUAAUGCAACAUUUAAAUAAGAAGGGACAAAUUUUAUUAACAUCAUUUUCAAUUUUAUCAAAUGGAAAAAAAUUAUUUGCACCAUCACUACCAAAUUCGGAUAAUAUUAUCGGAUGUUUGAAUGGAAUUCGUUGUUUAUCAAUGUUGUGGGUAAUAUUUGGUCAUUCUUAUGCAUUUGGUGCUGCUUUACCUUUUAUCAAUAUGUUUGAUAUUGUUGAGUGGAAAUCUUCAGUAUUUGCUCAAGUAAUUUUUAAUGCUAAUAUCUGUGUUGAUUCAUUUUUCUUUUUGAGUGGAUUCCUAGUAGCUUGGAUGGGUUUCAAAGAGCUUCAUAAAAGUAAAGGAAAAUUAAAUAUUCCUCUAAUGUACUUUCAUCGAUAUAUUCGUUUAACACCUGUUAUUGGAGCUACAAUCCUGUUCUUGUUAAGCGUAUUUAAAUUUUUUGGUAAUGGACCAUAUUGGCAUUUAAUUUCUACAUAUUCACACGAUCAUUGUACUAAAUAUUGGUGGACAACAUUACUUUAUAUUUUUAAUUAUGUGAAUCCUCAUGAACCAUGUUUAUUACAUACAUGGUAUUUGGAUGUAGAUACGCAACUGUAUUUGUUGUCACCAUUGCUUUUAAUUCCAACUUAUAGAUGGGGACGCAAAUUUUUAUACCCUGUAGGUGCAGUAGUAUGUAUAUUGUCAAUUGGAUGUUGUUUUGCGACACACGUGAUAUAUAAUUUUCCAAUGAUUCGAGUUGAAGGCACUGGAGAAAAAGACUUGUAUACAUCAAAAAUUUAUUAUGCAACUCAUACGAGAGCAUCACCAUGGGUAAUAGGAUUUGUUCUUGGAUACUUCAUGUUUACACAUAAAUCAAAGCGGUUCGUAAUCCCUAAGAUUUUUAAUUUUGCUGCAUGGUUGAUGUCAGUGUCUAUAAUUUUAGCAAUUGUUUUUGGACCGUAUUCACGGUAUCAAAAUGGUGAUGUAGCGACAACACUAGAAGCAGCAUUUUAUGAAUCGUUUAAACGUUUUAGUUGGGCUGUAGCUUUGUCAUGGAUUGUUUUUUCAUGUCAGAAAGGAUAUGGUGGAAUUAUAAAUUCAUUUUUAUCCUAUUCUUUUUGGACAGUUCUUGGAAGAUUAACAUAUUGUAUGUACAUAUGUCAUAUGUUCGUUUUAAUGCUUAAUUUCGGACGAUUAAAAACCAAUAUGUAUUUCAAAGAUUAUGACUAUCAAUUAACAAUAUGGGGCCAUUUUGGUUUAACCGUGUUUGUUUCAAUUAUAGCUACUUUAGCAUUUGAACUUCCAAUUUUACAGAUGGAAAAAGUUAUAUUUGGUACAAAGAGAAAAAAUGCAGAUAGCAAGAAAUCAGAAUCAAACACAGAUUUAUAUGGUUUAAAAAAGAAUAAUUUACUUUUUCCGGGACAGAGCCUCGAUUUAAGCUUACUUAGUUCUAUUGAACAAUAUUUGAUAAAAUCGAAAAAUUUAAUUAGAAAUCAUAAUAAACAUGAUUAUAAUAAUGCUUUUAUUGAAAAUAAUUUUAAUAAUAUUGAAGAAAGUCUUGUGCUAUUCUAUAAUAAAACAUUAUGUGAUUUGCAUUUAAAAGAAAUUGAAAAUCAAGUGAGGAAUUCAAUUGUGAAUGGCCAAAUUCCAGAAUUUUGGAUUUUGCAAUUAUUCGAUUCAUGGGGUAAACUGCCAGCUGGAUUAUUAUCUGGUCAUAUGCGUGAGCUAGGUCAAUUUGAUCAAUGUCUUAAAAUAGAACAUAUAUUUAAAGAAAAGAAUUUAGGAAUGUUCAAAGGACAAUACUGUACUGGCUCAAUACCAUUAGAGCUUAUAAAAGAGGCUCUCAAUAUUGAUUUAGAGAUGGCAUCAAAAACAGGAUUACAAGUAGGAUUUUGUCUUCCAAGUACUUGUGAACCACAAAUUUUAAAUGAUUUAUGGAUAUCAAUUUUGAAAUUAAUAACUGGAAAACAGAAUAUCAAUGGAACCCUUGUUAGUGAAUGUGUAACAAAUGAACAUGUUAAGUUUACUGUAGCUGAUUAUGUAGCACUUGUUAUUUUUACUUUUGUUGGCCUUCCUAUGGUGUCUAGCACUAUUUACGACUAUUUUAGAAGAAAAUAUAAAAGAAAGCCAAACAGUCUUCUAAUUUCGUUUUCGAUAAUUUCGAAUGGUGAAAAACUUUUCAAAAUCUCUACAACGAAAUCUCCAAAUACAAUUGACUGUUUAAACGGUAUAAGGUGUAUCACUAUUGUUUGGAUUGUACUUGGACACUCUUAUAUGACAUUUUUUAAUUCAAAUCUCGUCAAUGGUUUGGAUGCUCUAGAUUGGAUGAAAAGCUUCUUCGCACUAUUUAUGGUGUUUGGAACUGUAUCGGUUGACACAUUCCUUUUUUUAAGUGGUCUUCUGCUUACUUGGACUGCUUUCAGAGAAAUGGAAAAAAGUAAGGGUAAAUUAAAUAUCAUAAUUAUGUACGUGCAUCGCUAUUUAAGAUUGACGCCUGCCCUAGCUGCAGCUGUACUGUUUUGCGUAAGUUUCGUAAAAUAUAUUGGAAAUGGUCCAUUUUGGCAACAAACUGUUAAGAAAUCACUAAUACAGUCAUGUGAGAGAAAUUGGUGGGUUACGUUGCUUUAUAUACAAAAUUAUAAAUUAGAAGGAGGCAUUUGCUUACCGCAGACAUGGUAUUUGGGUGUGGACACACAAUUAUAUUUUUUAUCACCAUUGCUCUUGAUACCAUUAUGGAAAUGGGGUAGAAAAAUGAUUAUUCCGUUGAUAUUUUUAGCUCUAUUAUCAAUAGCGUGCAUUUUCACAAUUUUUAUGAAAUAUGAUUUUUCUACUAUAAAAUCUAAAACAGGCUGGAUGAGUGAUAACAGUUUUGAGCUCACAUAUGUUCCAACACAUACAAGAUAUGCACCAUGGUUAAUUGGAUUUUUAGUUGGAUAUUUUCUGUUUGAAAAUAAAAAUAAAAAAUUCAAAAUGUCGAAGAUCAUGGCUUCAAUUGCGUGGAUGUUGAGUAUUGGUAUUCUGUUGAGUAUAGUCAUCGCUCCAUUUAAUCGAGUAAGGGAAGGUGGAGGAUACCCAACAAAAGUAGAAAGUGCUUCAUAUGCAGCUUUUAGUAGAACAUCAUGGACAAUUGCGUUAAGUUAUAUUGUAUUUGCGUGUCACAAAGGUUAUGGGGGAAUAAUAAAUGAUUUCUUGUCAUGGCCCUUCUGGCAACCUUUUUCACGAAUAACUUACAGCAUUUAUAUUGUUCAUUUGGCAUUUCAAUAUGUUAUAGCAGGAAAUACAAAACACGAUCAAUAUUUUUCUAAUUUUAGUGUGAUUUACAAAUUUUGGGGUGACUUUGGAUUUACUCUAAGUAUUGCACUUCUUCUGGCGCUUGGUUUUGAGUGUCCAAUAAUUGAAAUUGAGAAAAUUAUAUUUAAGCGGGAAAGUACUGUAGUUUUAAACGGAAAGAAUAAUAUUGGUCACAAUCAAAACUGUAACAAUACAAGAGAAACUCCGUAAAAGAAUUCCGUUUUAAUAAAUUUUCAUAUUUUUAAUCAAAUAAAAUAAAU